UUUGUAUCCCAUGCGGCUUUCAUAAUGAUUUUCUCCGAACCACCACAUCUUGCACCAUAGACCUAUCCGGAGAAAUCACAAGACAUUCAAGACGCAGGAUAACUCUAACGGCUGCUCGGUAUGGUCCGUAGAGUACCAAUUGAAUCGAGUUCAUGAUAAGUUUGGUCGUAUUUCUAUUACCUUGUAUGACGUCCUUAUAGGAUAUUAUAGCUACUAUAAAAAAUAUACUAAAUUCUGGGUCCUUAUAUAUUCGUUUAGAGCUCUACAAGACUUGGCCUUAUGUUCUACUUGCCUUCUGUAGUACAUCCUGUCAACUUACCGGCGGUCAUUCCUACUCACUCGUAUCGCAUCUCUUUGACGAGAUUAGGGGUAUUAGGUGCUACGUAUAUGAGUAGCACGGAAUGAUAUGAUACAGUAUGACGAAACAAGACCGGGCAUACCAUACCAUAAUCUUAACAGUUUAGUAGAAAUGUCCUCCACGGAUAUCAUAUGAAAGGGGGAAAGGCGCAUCCUAAUGUGUCGGAGAAAUGUUGCAUAUAUCCGAUCAUCGCCGGUCGAGGUAGAGCACCAUCUUCCCUACAUAAAGCACUCAAUUUCCGACUUAAAAUCAAGUUUAGCAUUUGUAUCUUCACUUAGUAUUAUAUUUAAGGUUCACUCUCAACUCAACUUUCACUAUGACAUCCGACAUCCCUACGGAACACCGCGCCCUCGUGGUCGAAGCCGUCGGCGAGGGCCUUCACGUCAAGAACAUUCCAACCCCCAAGCCCGGACCAGGCAAGGCCAUCGUCCGCAUAGCCGCGGCCGGUAUUCUUUCCUACCACCACGAGAUCUACGGCGGCACUCGCCACUACAACAUCCCAAAGCCGAUCGUGGGCGGCAUCAGCGCAAUCGGCCGCGUGGUCGCCGUCGGGGAAGACGCGACGGCCCUGGAGCCCGGCCAGCUCGUCUACGUCGACUGCGUGAUCCGCUCGCGCGACAACCCCAGCGACCUGUUCCUCACCGCCAUCCACGAGGGCCUCACCGAGGGCAGCAGGAAGCUCAUCCGCGACGUCUGGCGCGACGGGUGCUGGGCCGAGUACGCCCAGGCACCGCUGGAGAACUGCUUCGCUCUCGAUGAGGCUAGGCUGUGCGGCGAGCUGGGCUACGCGGUCCCGGAUAUCCUGUAUAUUUGCCACAUGCUGGUUGGGUUUGGAGGAUUUCGGGACAUCGAUCUCAAGCCCGGCGAGACCAUCAUCAUCUGCCCGGCUACUGGCGGCUACGGAGGCUCUGCUGUCCAGACCGCCAUCGGGAUGGGGGUAAGAGUCAUUGCUUUUGGCCGGAACGAGAAGGAGUUGGCUAGGAUCAAGGAACAUGUGCUGAGAGGCACGCCAACUGCAAGUAUCGAGACGGUGAAAAUGACCGGAGAUGAGAUGGCGGACGCGGCUGCACUGAAGGCAUUUGGUGCCGUCGAUGCCGUCCUGGACUUCACGCCACCGCAGGCGUCUAGGUCUCAGCAUGUAAAGAGUGCCACAUGGGCUCUCCGCCGUGGCGGACGUGUCAGCUUAAUGGGCUGGAACGAGGACUCCAUGAACCCAGCUGCAGUUGUCGGGUUGAACAUUGUCAUGAAAGGAAACCUGAUGUACCACCGAGAGGACAUUGUUCUAUUCAUCAAGAUGCUGGAAAGGGGCUUAUUUCCUCGGGGAAAGAACUUCGUGGAUACGAAGCUCUUCAAGUUGGAAGAUUGGAAAGAAGCUCUUGACGUGGCGGCGGAACACGCCGGUAUCGGGAAGUUCGUGGCUUUUGCCCCCUAGGGUCGUAUCCAGGUCCCUAUGGGAACUUCCCGGGAAGAAGUACGGUGGAAUAGAUAAUGGGCAGAUUGAUAGA